CAGUAUUCAGUCUCUUUAGAAACUUCUCCAGGGGAAAAGUGUUGGGAGAUCUACAAAGUGGAUUUUUUUUUUUUCCUUUUUUUUUUUUUUUUUCCCUUCCCUCUUUCUCCCCGUUUUUUAACGCUCCUCUGCAGACUUUCCAACCAAACAUUUCAAUUUUGCAGAAAACUUCUUUUUUUUUUCCCUUUUUUUUUUUUAAUUUUUUCCCCUUUUUUCUGCCAUUUUGGGGGGCUUUUUUUUCUCUUUCUCCGCUUUAUUAUUAUUUUUUUAAUUUUAUUUUUCAAACCUUGGAAGAGGAAAGCAAGAGGGUUGAACAGAGCCGAUCGAAACACCACUUUGCUUCAUACCACGCUUCCCAGCAGCUCGCUGCGUCGGGAGAGACUUCUCCUCCUCCUGCAGAAGAAGGGGGAGGGAAGGGGAGCUUUGCAUCCCCUCUUCCUUCUCUUGCGCUCUUCUUUUUUUAUUAUUAUUCCUUUUUUCCCCUCCUGACCGCUUUGAUGCCAUAAGAGCAGGACGCUGUGUUUCAAGGAACUUUGCUCCCUUCCCAACCUGCCUCCUCCCAUCCCUUUGGGUGCGUGUGUGUGUGUGUGCGGUCCCAUCCCACUCCCCAACCCCUGCAACCUGUAGGCUGCAGCUCCCCGUGCAACCUUCUCUCCCUUUCCCUCCUCCUCCCCUCCCUUUCUCUUUCUGCGCUCCCGCGGAUCGCCGUGCAAUUCCCCAUUUCCAGGCGAAAAAAGAAAGAAAAAGACCCAAAGCAAACGUAGACCCUCUCCCACAGCCAAAAGAAAAGCGGGCGGCUCUCGCACCCCGAGAAUAACCCUCAGCCUGGGGUGCCCGCAAGCAGGGGCUGCGCUUUCAGCCCCUUUGCUUUUUUAGACUCUCCAGUUUUCUUUCUUUCUUCCUUUCUUUUUUUUUUUCCUUCCCCCCUUCCCGGAGGGGCCAAGCGGGAAGCAGCCGUCCCCCGCCCCCGCCGGCGGCAGCCCCGCGCCCCGUCCCGCAGCAUCCAUCCCCCAGCCGCGAUGCUGCUGCGGCUCCUGGUGCUGCUGGGCGCCUGCCCGGGGCUCUCGCGGUGCCUGGGCUCCUUCGUUCAAUGCGAACCGUGCGACGGCAAAGCUCUGUCUCUGUGCCCUCCUCCGCCGCUUGGCUGCGAGCUGGUAAAGGAGCCGGGCUGCGGCUGCUGCCUCACCUGCGCCCUGCCCGCCGGGCAGCCCUGCGGCGUCUACACCGAGCGCUGCGCCCGAGGGCUCCGCUGCCUGCCCCGCCAGGGCGAGGAGAAGCCGCUGCACGCCCUGCUCCACGGCACCGCCGUCUGCCUCAGCGAGAAGAGCUACCGCGAGCAAGCCAAGGCCGAACGGGAAUCCCGUGAGCAUGAGGAGCCAACCACAUCGGAGAUGACGGAGGAGACCUACCCACCCAAGGCCUACCGACCCAAGCACGGCCGCCUCUCUGACCUCAAAGCUGAGGCCCUGAAGAAGGACCGCCGGAAGAAGCUGACCUUGGCCAAGUUUGUGGGCAUGGCGGAGAACACAGCACAUCCCCGCGUGGUCAUCCCUGAGCUCCGGCAAGAGUUUGAGCUGGGCCCUUGCCGCAGGCACAUGGAGGCCUCCCUGCAGGAGCUGAAGAGCAGCCAGAGGAUGGUCCCCCGCGCUGUGCACCUCCCCAACUGCGACCGAAAGGGAUUCUACAAGAGGAAGCAGUGCAAGCCUUCCCGGGGACGGAAGCGUGGGCUGUGUUGGUGUGUGGACAAAUAUGGCAUGAAGCUGCCGGGGACUGACUACCUGAGCGGAGACCUGCAGUGUCACGCAUUUGACAGCAGCAACGUGGAGUGAAUUCGCAUCCCCUCCCUCCGCCCCAUCACCUCCCACCCAGGCUCCCUCCCACCCUCCCCUCCGCACCUCCCUGCGCCCCAGGACUCCGAUUCCUUUCAUCUCAUGUAAGAAGAAUAAAAGAGAGGAAAAGAAAAAAGAGAAAGAGAGGAAAAAGAAAAAAGAAAAAAAGAUAAAUAAGGAACAAGGAAAAGGAGAAAGGAAAAGAAAAAAAAGAGAAGAAAGGAAAAGUAAAAAAAGAAAGAAAAGAAAAGAAAAGAAAAGAAAAGAAAAGAAAAGAAAAGAAAAGAAAAGAAAAGAAAAGAAAAGAAAAGAAAAGAAAAGAAAAGAAAAGAAAAGAAAAGAAAAGGAGGAAAAAGGAAAAAAGAAAAGGAAAGGAAAGGAAAGAAGAAAAGAGAAAUACAAACCCUGAAGAGACUGAGGACUCGGAAUCUACAGCAGUGUCUUGACAACAAAGACUCAGCAAGGAAAGGACAGAGCCAGAGACAAGCCAGCUUUGGGUGCUCCGCCGUCCCGCACCUCUCCCUGCACUGCCUGCGCACCCCUGCCACCAAGCAGAGCCCAUGACGAUGUAGAAAGCUCUCCAAGUUGGUGAUUUUCUAGUAGGGGUUGCAGGCGGGGCUAAUUUUUCAUUUUUUUAUUUUUGAUUUUUUUUUGGUUAGCUAGUCAUUUUCCAAAGGGCCUGGAGGGAAAACCUUGCAGCCAUCAGCAUCUCCCCUCCUUGCUCUGUUCCUCUGGAGUUUCUUCCCUCUAUCGCUGGGAUGCAUUCAAGUCAAUCUUAUCUCCAUCCUAAAUGACCAUCCCGAUCCAAGCAGGUUUGGACCAUGCUGGGAGGAAGAUGAAGAGGAGGAAGAGGAGGAGCAGGAUUCACUGCGCACCUGGAGUUGAGCUGGGGAGGGACACAAAGCUUCUGCAACGGCAUGAAUACUCCCCACAGUAUUCGUGAACAUCAAAAAGAAACAAUCCAGAAGGGAGACAUACCCUUCUCAGUGCAGCUCUUGAGACUUGGGAGGUCAGAAAUCUGAGUUUUGGACAAGUGAGACUCUGAAUGUCACCCAUGUGGGUAUGGAAGUAUUUGUGGUGUGCAUGUAUGUGCACAGAUGUGACUUCUCCUCCUUGCCUGGGCUUCAGUGUAAGCAGGGGGGAGAGCUGCCAGGCUGUGCAGGAAAGAGAGUUAUAGAGGUGUUCCAUCUGUGUCAGCUCCAUGGUUGCUCCACCACUCCCCAGAGUGAAGCAGGCAUAUACUGGGACAAGGGGACUGGGGACAAAACCCUUCACCACCCUUAAUGACAUGGCAAAGACCAACUAUGGAGAUAUUUUUUUUCUUCACAGCCAAAAAAGAAUAGUUUGCUCCAGUGGGAAGAAAAAAAGACUUUGUUUUGUCUUGGGUUUUUGUUAAGGCUGGAUUAUAGCCUUUCCUAAGGGUAGGAGAACACCAGUCUCCAUCUUUUGCAUUGAGGAGGACACUGUUGACGUCUGCCACAGCUGACUCCCUCUGCCAACUCGCAAACCUGCAGUGAGCUCUGCGACAGGUCCUCAGGACGUGUAACCCAGGACCCAAAUCCUCAUUCAGCAACAGCAGCCACCGCAAUGCGGAGACCCACUGCCUCGGGUGUGCUUGGACAGCUGACAGCUGCCUUCCUGACUAUUUCAUUGGGUUUUUUUAUUUUCCAUGUUGGAUUUUGGGACUCAAUUCCCCAUGACAAGGGUCUCUGUGAUGGCUGUGCUGGGAGGAUAUCCUGCAGUAAAGAUGAAUCAUGGGGUCUGAGCAUAAUGGCCCUGGCACAUGAAUGUGUACAUGGAGACAUCUGAAGUAUGCAUCUGAUCUUGGGGGGAGGAUGCAGCCAGUGUGUCCCCCAAUGCUGGUGUGAGCCUCCUGGGACUGGAUAUGGAAGAAGAGAGGGAUCCCAGCACCAGUGGGGCCAGGAUGAGGGGGACUGGGUGCUGAGGAGCUCUGUUGGAAGCUUCUCCCCAUCACUGGUUCAGUGCCGUCACUGUAGUGUCCCAUGGAUGGGAUCAAUCCCAUGAGCACCCCACAAGGAUGCUUGUCUAAAUGGAGGGCAGGACUGGAUGGCCCCCAGAUUUUGCCAACAGACUUCCAUGAAAACCCAGUGGAGCUGGGAGUGAGGUGCCUUCCCUUGCUGAAAAGAAGAGGGAAUUGCCACCAUAUGUGGAUCUUGUUCCCCCUGCUGAAAAAAAGGAUGCAGGAAUGGGGUGAUGGGGUACCCCCUGUGCCAUGUUGCUGGAGGGGAGCUGGGGCUGGGGCAAAUGGAGCAAGGUCAGAUCAAGCUGGGUGGAGGGUGGGAUGAAGAUAGUGGGAGGUGGAGAAGCUGUGUCAACCCCCAGGGUAACAGAUCACCAUCAACACUGUCCUCUCUCCUCAGAUUGCCAGUCCCAGUACAAAACCCAAUGUUAUAGGCCAGUACCACCUUCCCCAGUGCCCUACCUCCUUUCUUCUUCCCUCUCCUUCUUGCUUUUGUUUAUUUUUGUUUGUUUUGUUGUUUAUUUCCCAAAACUUGAAAGCCUUUGGCUGCAGAGAAAGGAGCCGUGCUGCCUAGGGGUGGGUGGAAUGGGAGUGUGUUGGCAGGUCCACAAGGAACGCGUAUUUUGAGGUAAACUCACCUCCCAGGGGGAGUGCAGAGCAGUUUGGUGGUGGUCUCACGGCAUGGCCACCAUGAUGACACUGGGAGGGGAUGCAGGAAAACUCUCCAGCCUCCCAGUGCAAAGUGGGUCCCAGCUGUGGACUCACAGGCGCCAGAAUCCAUUGGGUGGUGACAAAACAUCACCACCUCCAGCAGAGAGGAGGAGGGACCUGCUUUGCCUUUUGUGGUGGGACAACCAGAACAGACACAUCUGGGAGCUGGGUGAGCUGCGGGGAGAAGGGCGCAUGGGGAGGUGCUGGCCAUGUUGCACAUCAGUGGCUGCAGGGCUGGAAAAGGCUGGAGCAGGGGUGAGGACAGUCCUUGGACCACAUCUCCCGUGAGAUGUUCAGCAGCUGGGUUACCCCUUGUCUGUACUGCAGUGGCCUUCGAAAACCACUAGUACAAGAGCAUUUUGCACUAUUUCUCCGCUCUCUUUCUCUUCCCCCUUCUCUUUUUCUCUGCCUUCUCCAUGAAAUAUUUUUUUCUUUUUUUUUUUUUUUAAUUUUUUUUUCCAGUGUUUUGUUUGUUUUCGUUUUUGUUUGUUCUUCCCAAACGGAGCAUUGUAUAUUUAACAACCAACAGCUCACCUCGCUUCCAGACCGCUGUCCUGGCCCUGGCGAGGAGCCCUGCUCACCGUGCCCCAUCCCCAGCCCCGCCAGCUGCCCACCACUGCCACCACCGGGACAGAUGUCACCGCACACAUCACCCACCGUUGUACCACACUCGUUCACACACCAGAUUCCGAGUUUCCUGCCUGUUUCGUUUUGUUUGUUCGUUUGUUUUACCUUUAAGCAAUACUCACUACACAUUUUACGGUAGCUUUUUAUAGCUUUACAUACAUACGGUAGCUCUGGUUGUUUGUUUGGUUUUUGUUUUGUUUAUUUUUUUUUGCUUUUUUUUUCCCCCCCCUAUUUUGUUUCGUUUUUGUUGUGUUUGGGUUCUUUUUUGUUUUGUUUUGUUUUUGCUUUUUUUUUUUCCCAGUAAACAAGAAAUAACUCAUAAUCUUACUGGUGGGAAAAAGGAAAAAAAAAAAAAAAGAAAAAAAAGAAAAAAAAAAGCAGUUUGUGAAAAACUGACAAUGGAAGAAGAGCUUAAUGCUCUGUUUAGCAUUUUGUACUUAAAGAAAAAGAAAAUCUCACGUUUUAUUAAAAAAGUGAAGAUUGCUGUAUACUAUUUAUUCAACUUAUAAUUUAUGUUACUCUUUGAUCUUUGUCUUUUCUCAUGACAAAGCAUUUAUUUAAUAAAGUUAUGCAUUCAGUUAGCUCGUGA